CCUGUCGCCCGCAGUGAGGAGACUCUCAUCCAGGGAGCGGACUAAUGGCGGCCGGCGGAGCCGUGCGCUCACUCUGAGCACGCAACACAUACUGCGCUCGGCGCCGCAGACGGAUCCACACAACCUCCCGGACGGGACGAGCGGUUUUUAUCGACGGAGAAAGGGGCGGGGGAUUGGUGUGAACGCACCCGCGGUCGUGCGGCGACUUGUAGCGGGACACUGCUAUUUAAAAAAAUGGAUGAACACCCCGGCGGAGGAGGAGGAGGAGGAGGAGUAGGAAUGGCCACAGCGAGACAGCAGCAAGCGCCGCAGCAGGGGAAUCAUAACAGUGUUAAUCCUCCGAUCGGGCCCGGCGGAACGGCGCCUGUCGUCCAGCAGCAGCAGGACGAAAUGCCGCGGCCGCAGCAGUACACGAUCCCGGGAAUCCUGCACUACAUCCAGCACGAGUGGGCCCGAUUCGAGAUGGAGAGGGCGCACUGGGAAGUGGAGCGGGCCGAGCUGCAGGCUCGCAUAGCAUUCCUCCAGGGAGAGAGAAAAGGUCAAGAAAAUUUGAAGAAUGACCUGGUUAGAAGAAUAAAAAUGUUAGAAUAUGCAUUAAAGCAAGAAAGAGCAAAAUACCAUAAAUUAAAAUAUGGCACAGAACUAAAUCAAGGUGAGGUCAAAAUGCCCAGCUUUGAAUCAGAAGAUACCAAAGACACAGAGGUGCCCGCUGUACCACAGAACAGUCAGUUAACCUGGAAGCAAGGCCGGCAACUCCUAAGACAGUAUCUUCAAGAAGUAGGUUACACAGACACGAUAUUGGAUGUGCGGUCACAACGGGUGCGAUCUUUACUGGGGUUAUCUGGCUCAGAGCAGAAUGGCUCAGUGGAAACCAAGAACCUGGAGCAAAUCCUCAACGGAGGAGAGUCUCCAGCCAAAAGGAAGGGACAAGACAUGAAAAGGAAUCCAGGAGACGUCCUGGAGACAUUUAACUUCUUAGAAAACGCAGACGACAGUGAUGAAGAGGAGGAUGAAGAGGGAGACUUAAUGGAAGACAUCUCGAACAGGACUGAUAAACAAAGAGUAAAAAAACACAAAAUUAAGGUGGGAAAUGAGGGUUUGGCAUCGGACCUUCCAGAUGACCCGGACACGGAAGAAGCACUGAAGGAAUUUGAUUUCCUAGUGAAUGCUGAGGACGGCGAGGGCGCAGGCGAGGCUCGGAGUUCAGGAGAUGGCACAGAGUGGGCUGAACCACUGCCAUUUCCAUCCGGAGGGGGAAAGUCCUUUAUCAUGGGCUCGGAUGAUGUGUUGGAAAGUGUGUUGGGCCUGGGGGACCUUGCUGACCUGACAGUGUCCAAUGAUGAGGCUGAUUACAGCUAUGAUAUGCCGGCCAAUAAGGACGCAUUCAGGAAGACAUGGAAUGCGAAGUAUACUCUGCGCAGCCACUUUGAUGGAGUGCGUGCCUUGGCCUUCCAUCCUGUAGAACCAGUGCUGGUCACCGUCUCUGAAGACCACACCCUGAAGUUGUGGAACCUGCAGAAGACGGUUCCUGCUAAAAAAAGUGCCUCAUUUGAUGUGGAGCCCAUAUACACUUUCAGAGCGCACAUUGGGCCAGUGCUUUCCCUGGCUAUUACUGCAAGUGGGGAGCAGUGCUUUAGCGGUGGCAUUGACUCAACAAUACAGUGGUGGAAUAUACCCAGCUCUAAUGUAGACCCUUAUGACACAUAUGAUCCCAGUGUUUUGGCUGGCUCAUUACUGGGGCACACUGAUGCUGUUUGGGGACUGGCCUACAGCGGAAUCAAAAACCGACUGUUGUCCUGUUCUGCCGACGGAACCAUCAAGCUGUGGAACCCUCAAGAGAAGUCACCUUGCCUCUGCACAUUUAACUCAGAAAGAGAACAUGGUGUACCCACAUCAGUAGAUUUUAACGGUUGUGAUCCAGCGUACAUGGUGGCGUCUUAUAACACAGGCAGCACUGUCAUCUACGAUCUGGAGACAUCUCAAUCCGUUGUGGAGUUCUCAGCACAGAGAGAGAGCACUCUUCCAGCUGGGAAUCACAUUAAUAAAGUAGUGAGUCACCCCACCCUGCCGGUCACAAUCACAGCUCAUGAGGAUAGACACAUUAAAUUCUUUGACAAUAAAUCAGGUAAAAUUAUCCAUGCAAUGGUGGCUCACUUGGAUGCUGUCACCAGUCUAGCAGUGGAUCCUAAUGGCAUCUACCUGAUGUCAGGAAGUCAUGACUGUUCCAUUCGGCUGUGGAACCUUGACAGCAAAACGUGUGUACAGGAAGUCACUGCUCACAGGAAGAAGUCGGACGAGUCCAUAUACGAUGUUGCCUUUCACCCAUCUAAGGCUUACAUAGGGAGUGCUGGGGCCGAUGCCCUGGCCAAAGUUUUUGUAUAGAAGAUCGCUCAUGAAAGCCUGAGUGAACUCGUCCUCACAAUCAGACAGCAAGAGAAAGAUUCGACUGGUUCACUGCCUUGUGUAACGAGAGUAGCAUUUCUUACACUACAUUGAAGCGGCCUCUGCCACGCCCCCUCACCACUGAACGCACAUACGCAACGAUCCCAGGUGCCAAGCGGUGGACUGUUGGUUUAGCAAGGUCUGGGUGGAGUUCCCACUUAGUUUUAUUUUUUUUUUUUCCUGAAAACAAAAAAUGGAACAAAAAAAAACAUUUAACUGUACUUUACUGUAAGUCAGAGCUGGAGUUACACCAGUGUUUGUCUUCUUUUAAUUGGGUUUGAAAUGAACUGAUAACGUGUACUGUAGGUAUGUUUCAGUGACCAUGGAGAGGUUAAUAUGCUUGUCAGUAGAUCGUCAGUGGCCACAAAGUGGGCAAAGUGCACCAGAGGAACUAAACCCUCCCACCACACAGAGCCACGAACCGAUUUCCGGUCUCACAAGCUGCCCUCUUGACAUUAAUGUAGCAUUAUUGAAAAAAUAAAGACAUUUAAAAAGAACAGUUCAGCUCAAUCAUCUUCAUACAUUAGCAUUAGCCUCAUGACAUUUUGUGUAAAAAAAAAAACAAAAAAACAAAAAAAAAAGUAUAGUUUUUAUAAUCCUUUUUAUAUAAAUGAAGACUGUCGUAACAGUGCUAAAGACGUUUUUAAAUUAAAGGAAAAAAAAGGAAAAAAAGGGAGUGUGAAUAUCAAGCCCUCCAUCUAAACCCUUUCUGACCCUUCACAACUGACCCCGCAUCACUGGAAGCUCUUGAGUCCUAUCCUUAUAAAUGCUACUGUCUGAUGUCGCUGUAACAUUGUUUUAUCACAUCAUGGAAAUACUAAAUGAUAGUAGAAGCACAGUCCGUUUUGCCUCGAGAGCUCUUUAGGUUAUCGACAAAUAAACUGCAGCAUCCUAUCACUAUGUGAUGUUUUUGUACAUCUUACUGUAAUUGAGUUUAUUUAUCACAAGUUAGGCAACUGAACGCUAUUGGCUUAUUAUUUAUUUCACCGUUUCGGGGUAGUCUUAGCCUCUUUUGUAAAACAUGCAGCCUGAGGAUACUUGUAAGAUUGGUCUCUUAAGAAAAUGGAACAGACAUCCAAAAAUGAAUUCUGUUUUUAAUCUCUUUCAUCCUAGGCUGAAAAUGAGGUUGACAUGUACCUCAUUUUGGCAUAACAGUGCUUUGAAGCAUGGGGAGAUUUAUUUUUUCCCCAUUUUUGUUUUUCUUUAUUCCAUUUUUAUAAGUUAAGGGAUCUGGAUAGCAAGUUUGGUGAAUCACAAUUCUAAGUUGUUAGUCUGUCCCUACAUUUUAUCCUGUAAAACCCUUUUAUUUUCAAACAUACAAUUUAUGAUGUAACUAAAGACCUUUUGUUUGUGUAAUGCAUGAUUAAUACAUAAAGUAUUUUUUCUAGUCUUCCCAAAAAAGUAAAA